AUGGAGCAUGCUGAUGUGACUCAAAACUUGAAUGCUUCUCUUCUUAUACCAGUUGCCGACUCCGUUGACGAUGACGCCUCUUCUAAACCCUCCUCUUCUGCUUUCUCAUCUCAUCACUCCGGCCGUGAGGAAGCUCAUUCUCGCUAUAGAAAUAUAGCCAAUAUUCCCAGUUGCAAAGUUACUAAUGCAGUGGUGGAAUGUUUCAAGAAUCGGUCUUCAACUGGAUUAUACAAUCACAGAAGCUGCCCAAGAACUGUCUUAAAUAGACACCCAAAGGGAAUUUCCAUCUAGUGCGCUGACGCUAUGAGGAACUGGAACUGAUUAAUUGGGUUUCUACCGACUCAUCUAAUGCGAAAGUCAUGAUAUGGGCCUCCGCUAUCCUUCUCGCAAUGUGAAAUGUAGCUAAAUGUUACCUGUUAGCAGCUUAAGGUGU